UUCAUUGACGUCGAACACACCGGUAAUCCGUCGGAAGAGGAGUCUACAGGGACCACUUCAUUGUGACAUUUCUUCUUAGAAACUUAUGAUAUGGCCAUCAUAUUCAUGACUAAAUUGCUUUCAGCCAACAAAAGACAUUUUUUCGUCAUCACCAGACACUGCCAGUCGAUAACAGGUGUAAAGAAAGUAGACGACGUGCUGGUGAAAGUCACCGGUGGUCGGAUUUCAGGAUGGCUCAAGGUUCUCGGUCAGGUGUCUGGACAGACAGAAGUCAAACACUCACAGGAAGCUGUACUUGUGGCUGAGAAAUUGUUUGAACAGAAACAGGAUGAGAGACAAAAACAGACUCGUGUACUGAAAGAUUUGCAAAAACUACUUAAACAUGCUACCGAGGAGAGGGAACUAAAAACCAGCAUAAGAGGAACCGCUGAAUACAUGAAAAUAGUGGAGAAAGAAAAUAACCUGUAUGGUCAGGUAGAUGAACUUCAAGAACAGAUAACUGUUCUGGAAGAGGCGGAGAGGAAAUUCUUCAUAAAGUUUUCCUCGUCUAUAAGAUCCAGUCAGGCGAUUGAGCGUACCCAGUCUCAAAGAUCUCAGCAGUUCGGAUAUGUUUUAUCUGUUGUUGGCAUUUGUUUAGGAGGGAUUAUAAGUUUUAUUCUCAAUGAACAUAGGAUGAACAAAGUCUAUAAAAUUGUGUCAUCAGCAACAGAUUUAGCAAAUGAUUAUAAAGGUGAUAUGGGAAACCUUGGUGAACAGUUUCAGCAACAACAGGACAAAAUGGAAGAGCUUAUCUCUUCAAUACAAAGUAAGCUAGGGCACUCAAGUGUUCAUACAGAGUUAACUAACAAGUCGCAGAAGCAAAGAGUGUCAAUGGAAAAGUGUCUGGAAGAAAUCUUACAGAAGGUCAAAGAUCAGAAAAUCCUGCUGGACAGGAUAGACAGGGAAAUCACUGACCUAAAGAAACUCCAUGAAUCAGAGAUUGUAAGAGACAGCAGUGGAGGGGUAGUGCAUGUCUCCCCUGAGGUGAAGGAUAUAUUAAGCAACAAUCAGAAACAGAUGGAGUGGAAAAUGAAAGUGACGACAGUAGUUAGUCUGAUACUGACUGUCCCCAUCAUUUAUAUUUUUAACAAAGGUAUUGGGGGCAGUUGAUAGGUAUAAACUGUUUCAGGAGUAAAACUGUGGGCACUUUACACAGCUAGUAACAAUAACAUUGCUUAACAUUUAGAAAAGUUUGCAAAGUGGUAAUUUUCAUAGAUUUCACUGUUACUGAAAUUACCAAUAAUAAGCCUGUGCAAACGUACUGACACACAAUGAAAUAUAUGUUUUGGCAACAUUGCUAAUGUGAACAUUCUUAUGCCCUGCAGUAAAGAGUUGUGGGUCGUCAAGUGUUACCCUUGUCUGUUUGUCUGUAUGGUUAAGUUUUUGCGUUUGGGUCAGCAACUUCACAUACUACUGCUCCACUAUGAUGACAGCAUGUGACAUGACUUUCUGUAAACUUUACUUAUGUGACAUUGUUUUAGUCUGGGACAAAUUUCUAGUCAUAAAGCAUUAGUUUGGUUAGUUAGAAUCUGAACAUUUCUGCUCACUUAUAUUUCACCUUUAAACAACUUUAUCUAUUUUGGGUAAUGUUAAAUAUUUCUACUUCCAAUGAGAAAACAGAUUGUAGACACAUACAUCCUUUUCAAAUAUGCAGACUUAAAAUGUCAAAUCCAGCAAUCAGUGCCAACAUUAAGCACAUCUGAGUACAUAUCUAUGCCCUUCAAGUGUGUUGUGUCUGUGAUAUGUAUAAAAAAUAAAGUGAAUUCCAUCUUACA